AAGCAAUAAAGCUGUUGCCAUACGCUGGGAAGAAAAGACUGGUUGAGGCUUCUCAAAGAGAAAAUCAAGGACACAACCCACCUCUACAAAUAGGCGUGGGAACGUAUCGCUAGAAUCAAGGUAAAAACAAGCGCGGGCCAAACCCCCUUUUUUUAUACAACCAUCAUGGACAUUGAACUUGAGGACGUGGGCGCGCCCUUUCUUGGCAACACAAAACAAACCGAGGCCGCGGAUUUCGGGCGCCUCGCGCAGCGCUCGGUCGCGGACUCGUAUUCGGUGGAGUUCGAGGGUUGCGACGUAGCAGUGGACUCGCUCGACUGGCGCAACAGCGUGCUUUUGCGGUUGCAGGUUCUCGCCGGCUUCUGCAACUUUGUGUUGUUUGGGCUUGCGGACCAGACCAUCGGCACGGUGAUCCCGGUGCUCGAGGAUUACUACGAAAUGGAUGACAUGCGCACCGGGUUCAUUUUCCUCGCGCAGACCGCGGGGUACUUUGUCAUGGCGCUCGCGACCGAGCUCUGCCACCGGCGCUUGGGUGUGCGGGGCGUCGGGGUUCUCGGGGCCCUCAGCAUGGCGCUCGCAUAUCUCGUGAUCCACCAGCGGCCGCCGUACUCGGUUUUCGUGGCCGCGUACUUUAUCUCGGGGCUCGGCUUCGGGUCCUUGGACGCCAGCUUCAACGGCUGGAUGAGCAAUCUCGUCGACCUGAACCAGCUCUUGGGCAUUCUCCACGGCUGCUACGGCAUCGGGUGCAUGAUUUCGCCGCCGCUCGUGACGCGGCUCCUUGAAAAGGAAACCAACCCGUGGGCCUGGAACGACUACUACUUGGUGCUCAGCAGCAUCGCUGCCGUAUGCACGGUGUACUUUGGGGUGGUGUUCCGCCACGAGACCCCGGCCAAGUACCGCUUCAUGGUAUUGAUGAACGAGGCACGCAAGGCGCGCGAGGUUUCGUGGGAUGAGGUGUCUGACAUUGAGAGUCUAGACACGUCCACCACCGAGGCUUCCGGUCUCGAGGACUUGGCAGCUUCUGCAGACCCGCCAGAACCCAAAGAAUUUGCCGCAGACCUGGUGCCAUUGUCGGUGGCGCUCGGCUCAAAACAGGUGUGGCUGUUUUCGCUUCUCAUGUUCAUCUACGUGGGCGCGGAGUCGGCCUUCGGCACCUGGCUUGUCACCUUCCUCACCCGCAUAAAUGGUCUCUCGUACAAGCUGCUGUCGUACAUGGCCACGACCUUUUGGAUGGGGCUCACGUUGGGCCGCAUAUUCUUGGGCUUUGUUACCGCCCACUACUUCCGCAACGAGUUCAACGCAAACUGGUGCUACAUGGCGCUUUCGCUCCUAGGCCACGUCAUGUUCUGCAUAGUGGUACUUACGCCCUAUACGUGGCCCUUGUUCCCCAUCGUACUCUUCCUGGGGCUUUUUGUCGGGCCCAUAUUCCCCACCAACAUCGUUGCUGCCAUCCGCGUCUUGCCGGUAAAAUUCCACGCCAGUGGUGUCGGCUUCAUCUGCGCAUUCGGAGGCGGCGGUGCCGCCGCGGUGCCGUUUUUGGUCGGCCUUAUCGCUGAAGCCAGCGACUUGGGGCUCCGUUUCUUUCCAACCACCGUCGCGCUUCUCUACUUGGGUCUCUUGGUGUUCUGGACUGUCGUGCGCUCGAAGUACAUACCAAAGCUCCCGCCCUCGUCGUGAUGCUGCGGUUUAUAGACCUGAAUAAUGAUAGACUUUUUGCAUAGCAUGUCCCCUG